AUGCGGGUUGAGAAGCAUACGACGAUGUUUAGGUCUCUGGUUCGGACACGAUCCCAGGCAUCAUCUUCAGUCGUCACAAUGUCUUCAAUUACUCAGAGAGGAAGUGAAAGGCUUUUGUCUGAAACUGCUGGUUCACAUCCAAGAGAUAAUAAGAUUCUGGUUUUGGGAGGAAAUGGUUAUGUAGGUUCACAUAUAUGCAAGGAGGCACUGAGACAAGGUUUCUCUGUUUCUAGUCUUAGCAGGUCUGGGAGAUCUUCUUUGCAUGAUUCAUGGGUCAGUGAUGUAACCUGGCAUCAAGGUGAUUUGCUUUCUCCGGAUUCUCUGAGGCCUGCACUAGAAGGAAUAACAUCUGUGAUUUCAUGCGUUGGUGGUUUCGGUUCCAACUCACAUAUGUUCAAAAUUAACGGAACUGCAAACAUUAAUGCCGUUAAAGCUGCAGCAGAGCAAGGUGUGAAGAGGUUUGUGUAUAUAUCAGCUGCGGAUUUUGGUCUCAUAAAUAAGUUGAUUCGAGGGUAUUUCGAAGGGAAGAGAGCAACCGAAGCUGAGAUCUUGGAUAAAUUCGGAAACAGAGGAACGGUACUAAGGCCAGGAUUCAUACACGGGACUCGUCAGGUGGGUAGCAUAAAGCUGCCACUUAGUCUCAUUGGAGCUCCUCUCGAAAUGGUUCUGAAGCUGUUCCCAAAAGAAGUGACGAAAGUUCCAGUGAUCGGGCCGCUUUUGAUACCUCCGGUAAAUGUGAAAUCCGUUGCAGGAACUGCGGUAAAAGCUGCAGUUGAUCCCGAUUUCGCUUCUGGAGUCGUCGAUGUAUACCGGAUUCUUCAACACGUCAUGGGGUUAUGUUGGAGAGACGAGAUAGUAACCAUGUCGGAACGUCGUGCUAAGCGCCCCAAGAUCUCCAGAGGGGAAGAUGACUUUUUGCCUGGGAAUAUCAUCGAGAUCGAGCUUCACAACUUCAUGACUUUCAAUCACUUGGUGUGCAAACCUGGAUCACGCCUGAACCUUGUGAUUGGACCGAACGGAUCAGGAAAGAGCUCUCUUGUCUGUGCCAUUGCACUCUGUCUUGGUGGUGAGCCUCAGCUUCUUGGGAGAGCAACCAGUGUCGGUGCAUAUGUCAAGCGUGGAGAAGAUUCUGGCUACGUCAAGAUCUCUCUGCGAGGCAACACCAGGGAUGAGAAUUUUACGAUUUUCCGUAAGAUCGAUACGCGUAACAAGUCGGAGUGGAUGUUCAACGGACAUGCAUCUAGUAAGAGAGAGGUUGUUGAGAUCAUCCACAAGUUCAAUAUCCAAGUUAACAAUCUCACGCAGUUCCUGCCGCAAGAUAGGGUUUGUGAGUUUGCCAAGUUGACGCCUGUGCAGCUCCUGGAGGAGACUGAAAAAGCUGUUGGUGAUCCUCAACUUCCGGUCCAUCAUCGGGAGCUCGUCGAGAAAAGCCGUGAACUGAAGCAGCUUGAGAGAGCUGUGGCGAAAAAUGGAGAGACGCUGACUCAGCUUAAAGCUCUUGUCGAUGAGCAAGAGAAGGAUGUGGAAAGAGUCAGGCAGAGAGAGUUGUUUUUGGCAAAGGUUGAUUCCAUGAAGAAGAAGUUGCCAUGGCUUAAGUAUGAUAAGAAGAAGGCCGAGUACAAGGAUGCUAAGAAGAAGAUGGACGAAGCCAAGAAAAAAAUGGACGAAGCUGCGGUGCAUUUGAACAGCAUGAAAGAACCUAUUCAGAAGCAAAAGAAGGAGAGAGCAGAGAUGGAUUCAAAAUGCAAAAAGGUUAAGAAUCUCUUGGAUGCGAAUGGAAAUAAACGUUCUGACCUGCUCGAGAAAGAAAAUGAGGCGGAAGCACGUGUAGUGGCAACAUACAAAGAACUGGAGGAAUUGAAGAAACGAGAAGAGCAUCGCCAAGAAAGGAUUCAGAAAGCUAGUGAAGAUCUGAUUGCUGCGGAACGAGAACUCCAGAACCUGCCUGUAUAUGAACCACCUCUAGCUAAACUUGAAGAGUUGAAGUCUCAGGUUACAGAGCUGCGUCACAACAUAAACCGGAAGAAGAAUCACAAGGAGGACAACGAGAGGCUAUUGUCUCAGAAAAGAUACACCCUGAGGCAAUGCAUAGAUAAGUUGAAGGAGAUGGAGAAUGCGAAUAACAAACUCUUGAAUGCGCUACAGAGAUCUGGAGCUGAUAAGAUCUAUGAAGCAUAUCAAUGGGUGCAACAGAAUCGUCAUGAGUUUAAAAAGGAAGUAUAUGGUCCCAUUUUGUUAGAGGUUAACGUUCCAAGUCGAGAGUAUGCUUGCUAUCUGGAGGGGCAUAUUCCUAACUAUGCCUGGAGGUCUUUUGUCACUCAAGAUCCGGAGGACCGAGAUUUGCUGGUUAGAAAUCUAAAACGAUUUAAUGUUCCUAUUAUAAACUAUGCGGACGAUGGCAGCAAUAGCAAGGCUCCUUUUCAUAUAUCUGAUGAGAUGCGUUCUCUUGGGAUCCAUUCUCGGCUUGAUCAAAUAUUUGAUGCUCCUGACGCCAUCAAGGCGGUCUUAACUUCCCAGUUUGGUCUGGAAUACUCGUUCAUUGGAUCCAAGUUGACAGACCAGAGGGCUGAAGAAGUCUCCAAAUUGGGUGUUACUGAUUUUUGGACACCAGACAAUCACUACCGGUGGUCUUCGUCAAGGUAUGGUGGUCACACCUCUGCAAGUGUAGAUUCUGUAUAUCCAUCACGUCUUCUAUUGUGUGGGGUUGACGCUGGAGAAAUCGAGAAACAGAGAUCAAGAAAGGAGGAAUUAGAAGACUCUGUUUCAUCCAUUGAGGAAACUUACAAGAGUCUUCAAACAGAGCAAAGACUUUUGGAAGAAGAAGCAGCUAAACUUCAUAAAGAGAGGGAGGAAAUUAUUAACGUUUCACAUCUGGAGAAAAAGAAACGCCGUGAGUUGGAAUCCCGUUACCAACAAAGGAAGACAAAGCUAGAAUCCUUGGAGCAAGAAGAGGACAUGGAUGCUUCAGUUGCUAAGCUGACUGAGCAGGCUUCCAGAGCUAACGCUGACCGCUAUGCAUACGCGAUCAAUCUCAAGAAAUUGCUUGUGGAAGCUUCUGCUUACAAGUGGAGUUACGCCGAGAAGCAUAUGGCUUCUAUUGAACUGGAAAGAAAGAUCAGAGAGUCAGAAAUCAAUAUCAAACAAUAUGAGAAGGCGGCGCAGCAGUCAUCCCUCAACGUUGAGUACUGUAAGAAGGAGUUUGAAGGAAAGCAACUGCAGCUAGCAGCCGCCAAGAGGGAAGCAGAAUCUAUCGCAGAGAUGACGCCAGAGCUUAAAAAGGAAUUUAUCGAGAUGCCUACCACGAUUGAAGAAUUGGAAGCGGCUAUACAAGACAAUAUCUCUCAAGCCAAUUCGAUCCUUUUCGUAAACCAGAACAUACUUCAGGAGUAUGAGCACCGCCAAAGUCAGAUAGAAACUAUCAGCACGAAGCUUGAAGCUGAUAAAAGUGAUCUGAGCAGAUGCUUGAAAGAAAUCGAUUCGCUGAAGGAGAAAUGGCUUCCAACAUUGAGAAGGCUUGUUACUCAGAUAAAUGAAACGUUCAGCCACAACUUCCAAGAAAUGGCUGUUGCAGGAGAAGUGUCAUUGGAUGAGCGCGACACUGACUUUGAUCAAUACGGAAUACAUAUCAAAGUGAAAUUCAGGGAAUCAGGGCAACUUCAGGUUCUAAGUUCUCACCACCAAUCUGGAGGAGAGCGUUCUGUGUCAACUAUUCUUUACCUCGUCUCUCUUCAAGAUCUCACGAACUGUCCUUUCAGGGUUGUUGAUGAGAUUAAUCAAGGUAUGGAUCCUGUAAACGAAAGGAAGAUGUUUCAACAAUUAGUUAGAGCUGCUAGUCAACCAAACACACCGCAGUGCUUCUUACUGACCCCAAAGCUCUUGCCUGAGCUUGAAUACAGCGAAGCCUGUAGCAUACUGAACAUCAUGAACGGUCCUUGGAUCCAGCAGCCUUCACAAGUUUGGAGCUUCGGUGAUAGUUGGGGAAAUCUCAUGAGACGAACCGAAGCAAGCCAGUGUUCUUGACUUCACCAAAACAUCAUCAUCAUCACUCAGCUUUCUCUUUUGGGUUUUCGGAAGAAGUUUGUAUUCAAAAUAUUUAACCAAACGGUUUAACAAGAUUGAACUAUAACCGGUUUAAACGUGGUACUCGUUUUGGCUUUUCAAUUUCUCGGGGGAUAAAGGUUAUGAUUUCCUUUCCCUUCGGCUCUACGAAACUGGGAUGUAUUGACACAACUGUAUGUGCUUCUUGUUUUGCCACCAUUUCACUCGAUGAUGGGCUUUUGUUGGGCCAGUUGAAGUUCAAAGAAAGAUGACGUUUGUACUUUGUUAGUUUCACCAAGUGGAGAUGAACAAAUAAAGAAAUAAGAUGUGGGGGAAGAUGAAGCAACCAAUUAAUAAAAGAUAAGAUGGCUUCUCUUCUCUCCCCCGCCACCGCCGGUGCGUUUCACUCCCGUCUCAAAUGUUUCACCGGCGGUUUAUCCCACUCCACUCUUCUCCCAUUCCAAACCAGCCACCGGAGCAAUAGUUGCAUGAGAUGCAGCUUUUCUCCGGAGGACAUCCCAGUGGAUUUCGUGGGGCAAUCUCUCUCUCAUCUCCCUGCUUUCGAUGGCAGAUUUUCUGAUUCCCAGAAUUGGGGGUUCCUCGCAUCCGCCGGACUUGUGUGGUUUUACCUGACGGCGAGGCCUGGCGUUCUCAUCGGCGCCAUUGACGCCUACCUCCUCGCUCCACUCCAGCUUGGCCUCGACACUCUGAUUGGGACAAGGAGGCUGAAGAGGUCCGACUUCUUGGUCACUGAGAAACUCGGCGAAGGGUCUUUCGGCGUCGUCUACUCGGGGGUCCUUCUUCCCAAGAAUUCUAGUGUUGAUGAGCUCAGAGUUAGCAAAGCCACGCUCAAAGCUAAGGACUUUACCGGCGAAUUCAAGCAGAGAGUCAUCCUCAAGAAGGUAAAAGUGGGAGUACGAGGUGCGGAGGAAUUCGGCGAGUACGAAGAGUGGUUCAACUACAGACUCUCGAGGGCGGCUCCUGAGACCUGCGCUGAGUUUCUCGGAAGCUUCGUCGCCGACAAGACCAAUACUAUGUUCACGAAAGGUGGCAAAUGGCUCGUGUGGAGGUUCGAGGGAGACCGUGACCUUGGUGACUACAUGAAAGAUCGGAGCUUUCCUUCCAACCUAGAGUCCAUCAUGUUCGGGCGUGUUCUUCAAGGCUUGGAAUCCGGGAAACGCCGUGCGCUGAUCAUCAAGCAGAUCAUGCGCCAGAUCAUCACGUCUCUGAAGAAAAUCCACGGUACGGGGAUUGUUCACCGGGACGUGAAGCCGGCGAACUUGGUGGUUACAAAGAAAGGGCAGAUAAAGCUGAUAGACUUUGGUGCAGCGGCUGAUCUUCGCAUCGGCAAGAACUACGUACCUGAACGCACAUUGCUAGACCCUGACUACUGUCCUCCUGAGCUCUAUGUGCUCCCUGAGGAAACCCCAAGCCCUCCUCCAGAGCCUAUAGCCGCAUUGCUCUCCCCGAUCCUGUGGCAGCUCAACAGUCCCGAUCUGUUCGAUAUGUAUUCUGCUGGGAUAGUGCUCCUGCAGAUGGCGGUUCCGAGCUUGAGAUCUUCCGCGGGUCUCAAGAACUUCAACUCCGAGAUCAAGUCAGUGGGAUAUGACCUGAAUCGAUGGCGGGACAGGACUCGGACCAGGCCUGACUUGAGCAUACUUGACCUGGACUCGGGCAGAGGGUGGGACCUCGUCACCAAACUCGUAUCGGAGAGAGGCUCUCUGAGACGCGGACGCCUUUCAGCGGCUGCUGCUCUCAGGCACCCUUAUUUUUUGUUGGGUGGUGACCAAGCGGCUGCUGUUCUUUCCAAGCUCAGUUUCAGCAAAUGAGUCUGAUUUAUGAUUAUCAUGUAAAUUAUACACAAACCCACUUCCUUUUUUAAUAAAAACAAAAAUUCUCUGGUGGUGUAUAUGAACAACCUUUAGCCAAAACUUGAAGAGUUGAAGUCUCAGGUUACAGAGCUGCGUCACAACAUAAACCGGAAGAAGAAUCACAAGGAGGACAAUGAGAGGCUAUUGUCUCAGAGGCAUUCUGAACAUCAUGAAUGGUCCUUGGAUCGAGCAGCCUUCACAAGUUUGGGGUUUGGGGUGAUAGUUGGGGAAAUAUCAUGAAGAUGAACCGAAGCAAAGUCAAUGUUCUUGACUUCACCAAAACAUCAUCAUCAUCACUCAGUUUUUUUAAUUUUGGGUUUUUGGAAGAAGAACUUGUAUUUAAAAUAUUUAUGCAAUUUUAACGAACCGGUUUAACUAUAUUGAGCCAAACCGGUUUAAAUGUGCUAGUCAUUUUUUGGUUCUCAUUUUCUCGGUGAAACUUUUCAUUGGAUAAAUUUCUGAAGCAUUUGGUAACAUCUCGAACGUCUUAAUACGCGUAUGAGUUAUCGAUGUGAUCUCCUCCAACGUCUCCUUUCUCUCUUUUCUGUGUCCCUUCCUUUCAAGUCAUCUUCAAUCCAUAGCUCCAUUGUUCUUCAAAAUUAUCAAUUUCGUUGGGUAAAACCCAGAAAUUAGAGAUCGCAAACUCCUUUGAUCGCCUUAUUUCGUCCCGAGAAUCGAGGUUUUGGAUACGACUCUUUUGAUCUGACACCGGAAUGUUGCUUGAUUAAAUGGAAAGGAAAAGAACAGAUGACAGUGAAUCAGGACCUGUCCCUCUCCUUGUACCGGUUGAUAGAUUUGGGUUUCUGAAGCAGGAACAUGGCAAUUCUCCUCAGCGUUUCACCAAGAAUGUAUCAUCUACUAACUAUGAGAAGGAGGAGAGAAGAGUGACAAAAUGGAGGAAGAUGAUUGGAGCUGGGGGUAGUGACUGGAAGCAUUACGUUAGGAGAAAACCUCAUGUGGUCAAAAGGCGAAUUCGAAAAGGGAUCCCUGAUUGCUUAAGGGGUCUUGUCUGGCAAUUGAUCUCCGGAAGUAGAGACCUUUUGCUUAUGAAUCCAGGUGUUUAUGAGCAACUGGUGAUUUAUGAGACGUCAGCAUCAGAACUCGAUAUCAUUCGGGACAUAUCCCGUACUUUCCCAUCACAUGUUUUCUUCCAGAAGAGACAUGGACCAGGCCAGAGAUCAUUGUACAAUGUUCUGAAAGCAUACUCUGUCUAUGACAGAGAUGUCGGAUAUGUUCAGGGGAUGGGUUUCAUAGCCGGUUUGUUGCUUCUUUAUAUGAGCGAAGAAGAUGCUUUCUGGUUAUUAGUUGCAUUACUCAAAGGAGCUGUUCACUCCCCUAUGGAAGGAUUGUAUCAGGCAGGGCUUCCUCUUGUACAGCAAUAUCUGUUACAGAUAGAUCAGUUGGUAAGAGAGCUAAUGCCAAAACUAGGAGAACAUUUCACUCAAGAAAUGAUCAAUCCGAGCAUGUAUGCAAGCCAAUGGUUCAUAACAGUCUUUGCAUACUCAUUUCCUUUCCCUUUGGCUCUACGAAUCUGGGAUGUGUUUCUAGCCGAGGGUGUUAAUAUCGUGUUCAAAGUGGGUUUAGCAUUGUUGAAGUAUUGCCAUGAUGAUUUGGUGAAGUUGCCAUUUGAGGAACUCAUGCUUGCUUUGCGGAAUUUCCCUGAAGAUGCCAUGGACCCUGAUACUUUGCUUCCGUUGGCCUACUCCAUCAAGGUAUCAAAGCGUUUGGAAGAAAUGAAACAGGAUUGUGAGAAGGCGGCUAUAGCUAAACCGGCUCAAACGGCCAAUUCGGUUCAACUAUAGAGUUUGAUAUUCAUGAAGCAAACCAAACCGAAAACCGAGUCAAAGGUUGGGGAUUUUUUUCCUUUUCAUCAUUCUUGGUCAAGUCUCUCCUCUUAUGGAGUUCUCUCUCUCUCUCUCUCUCUCUCUCUCAUUCUUUUUCGCAGCUCGUGUGUGUGAAGAAAGAAUAAUAGUUGUAAGAAAAUCAACUUUUAGUUUCUCCAUUUUUUUUUCUCGGCAUAAUUCUGUUUACAUGCUUCUGUAAAGUUGUGCAAGUCAAAUGUGAUCCAUAUUUUCUAAUUCAAAUCUAAUGAUAAAACAUAUACUAAAAGAAACUCUAUUUGAUUUCAGUUUGGUUUUGAUGAAAUGAAA